AUAAUGUGAUAUCUUGUAACAAUUGUAAGUCGCCCUGGAUAAGGGCGUCUGCUAAGAAAUAAAUAAUAAUAAUAAAAACGUGAGGAAAUUGUAAUUGUUACAAAAUAUUACAGAACUUCAAAGUAGCACAAUGCUUUAUGUAUGAUAAACAGACUUGCGCAAUCAAUGGUGUGGUUUGCCAAAGGCAGUGUUUCUGUUUCCAAGCUAAGGAUUAGUGAAUGUUUUUUUCCCCAUCAAGAGGCGAAAAAAAAGAACCUGGCUGUGCAAAGAUACCCGCAGCAAAGCCUUUGUAACGUCAAGAACACAUAAUUGUAAUGGUCACAUUUAUUGCAUUUAGCUAAAAUGAUUAAUCCCGAACUGCUGAUGAAGCUUAUUAGAUAUAGAAAAGUCUUGUACUAGGGAAAAAAAAAAGAAGAAAAAAUCAGAUGUGGGAUUGGGUGGAUGACACACUGGGUGAAAGCAAAAUCUGGAUUGGCUGGAGUUGGGGUCAGAAGGGUCGUCAGGAUCGAGGAUCUUUCUAAUCAUAAUCUCUCUCCUUCUUGUGUGUGUCAACCGGACGGAAAGGGUUUUUGUUUUUGUUUUUUUGCGUGGAAUAACCCAUGGCGGAUUCUGCACACACCAGGCUGCCUUUGACUUUGGUUACCUCUGGCUACAGAGAGAGAAUAUCAGCGGGGAUAACCGAAGAGAAGCCCAAGAAGAAAGCUUUUUACCUGGUCAGAAUGAAACCUAUGAAUAACAAGGAGCAUGCCAACAACAACGUGUCCUUCACGAUUCAUUGCCAUAUAGGCAAGGAAAUCAAGCACAUUUGCAGCAACUGCAGCCGUGGGAAUGAAGCCCAUGAUGCUGAGGAAGUAGAAAGACUGGCUGCAAUGCGUUCAGAGUCCCUUGUCCCCGGAACCCACACUCCCCCAAUAAGGAGAAGAAGCAAGUUUGCCACCAUAGGCCGACUCUUUAAGCCCUGGAAAUGGAGGAAGAAGAAGAGUGAGAAGUUCAAGCAGACCUCUGCAGCACUGGAAAGAAAGAUAUCAAUGAGGCAAAGCAGGGACGAGCUGAUCAAGCGGGGAGUGCUGAAAGAAAUAUUUGAUAAAGAUGGGGAGAUCCCAGUAACAAAAGAAGACAGGGAGCUAGAGAAGGGGCAGUCAUCGGUACCCAUGCCUCAUAUGUUAGAGUGUGAAGCAGGAGACCAUACCUAUGAGAUGAUUCCCAACACAGAGCGCGUGGAUGGGACAGUCUCUGAAGACUUCCAGACAUCUCUUGAGGCUGGAGUCUCCCCUCAGGAUCCUUCAGUGCAGCCAGUCUUGGUUUUGCCGCCUAAGAAAUCUGUGGCUUUCUCUGGUGACCAUCAGGACACCCCAGUGAAAAAAACACCUUUUCUCAAGCAGCCCCCUGCACUGCCUCCAAAACCUCUUUCCAGGAUUCCAAACCAUAUAGCUGGGUCAGCUCACCGCUACCACCCCUGCGCUGACUCGGGAGCGGCGAAGACGAACACACGCUGUCCUCCGAAGCGUGUGCCGUCAGCCGACCACUUCUUUUCACUCUGCAGGCCCGCCAUGCAGCCAACCCAGAACUACAGCGUCGGAGGACAACGCAGCUCUGGGCAGCUUACAGACUCAGGCCAGCCUAUCAAACUGCCCUGUAUGCCGGGAAAGCUGUCUCCUCCACUACCUCCAAAGAAGGUGAUGAUCUGUGUUCCACCCUGGGGCAUGGACCCCACCUUCAAUGCCUACUCACAGAAGUGCUCUCAGCAGUCCAUGGCACAGCACCACCACUCCAUAAUGCCAUCCCAGCUUGCUGCCCAUCAGCACCAGCUACAGUAUGGCGGGCCAAUCCCAAUCCAUCAGCCAGUAGCUCCUAGCAGGAUGAUAGAGGAACUCAACAAGACCUUAGCCUUGACGAUGCAGAGGCUAGAGAGCUCUGGUUUACAUGCAGGAAAAGGAAGCAUUGUUGAUGGGAGACAAGUGCCAACUGUGGUGAUAGAGUGUGACGAUGAUAAAGAAAAUGUACCGAACGAAUCUGACUACGAGGAUCUACCCAGCAUGUACAGAGACGAGCAGGAUGAGGAUGAGGAUGAUGACGAUGACGACGAUGACACCUUCUUUACAAGCUCUCUGGCAUUGAAGGUGUGCAGGAAAGAUUCGCUGGCAAUCAAACUUUGCAAUCGGCCUUCCAAACGAGAACUGGAAGAGAUGAACAUCAUCCCCAUGCAGACUGAUGAGGAGAGGCUGGAGCUGAGGCAGCAGAUUGGGACCAAGCUAACACGGCGGUUAAGUCAGAGGCCAACUGCAGAAGAAUUGGAACAGAGAAACAUUCUCAAACCAAGGAAUGAACAAGAGGAGCAGGACGAAAGGCGAGAAAUCAAAAGAAGGUUAAGCCGAAAGCUGAGUCAGAGGCCUACAGUAGAGGAGCUGCGAGAAAAGAGGAUUCUGAUCCGCUUCAGUGACUAUGUGGAGCUGGCCGACGCACAAGACUACGACAGGCGUGCAGACAAGCCAUGGACGCGGCUAACAGCGGCUGACAAAGCAGCUAUCCGGAAAGAGCUCAAUGAAUUCAAAAGUACUGAAAUGGAGGUGCAUGAGUCAAGUCGACAUUUAACAAGGUUUCAUAGACCCUAGAAGUCUGCUCUAAGAAGAAAUGCCAUAUGGGCUUUUCAUUUUCACAAAGAACCUUAAGUGCUGGAAUUGUAAUAGGUGCCCAUGUCUACAAUAAGGCCAGACGUCUUCUGAAUUGCCUUUUUUUUCUAAAUACAACUAGUAUAUCCUUUUAAUAUUAUGUAAAAAAAAAAAAAAAAAGACUACUGUUGGUACUGCCACAAUAACACACAUACUAAUAUUCAGGAGUCCUUGACAGAAGCAGGGAACAGAUAAUGUGCCACAUCCACCAACGACUGGCUCUGCUGACUUUAUGAAUGUCUUGCUCCAUCAUAUUAAGUAUACCUGUGAGUUUGUCUAAUCAGUCUCAUCAGCGCAAUGUUUGUGAAGCAAAAUCUCCCUUUCCUUGAAAGUGUCUGUAAGUCAUCAUGAGCUACAUGCUUCGCCCAGCUGUGUUUAGUAACAGACCAUUUGGCUCUUCAAUAUCUUCCAUCAAAGGGUCAGAGCCUGUGUUUAAUUUAAGGAGGGAUGGCAUUGUCUUAGAACUGAGUAUUGUCACAAAGUUCUCUUUUUUCAAUGUCACUAGAAGGAUUUCAAGUCUUCUACAUCAUAGAUUCAUUGUUCCUUACUAACAUUGUAGGUGAAGUGGGAUUGGACUGAAUUACACAAUUCAGAAAUAAUGAUAAUCAUAACAAUAUUAAUGACAAUAAUAAUAAUACUAUUUAUUGCUAACUGUGAAUUGAAAGUGCAGACAACUUGUGUGUUUGCCAGUGUUCCUGUAUAUUGUGUUUAUACUACUGUCCUGUUCAGUUAUCCUAACAAUUUAAUAUAUUCUUGGGGGGUCUUUGGAAGGAGAACACUGCGUGCUAUAUUUGAAACUGGGUUAAAGGAGAGUACCCUAUUCAUUAAACUUUUACUCAUUUGUUUUACAGUUGGUUGUUUCAAAAUUACUUUUUUAUUAAAAAGGUUGUUUGGUGUUCUUUUAAUGAAAAUUAACUCAAGCAAAGGUUUUAUGAAUAGAUCCCACAGUUUGUGAAAAGGAUGUCAUUUUAUUUUAUUUUAUUUUUAUAAGGCGGGUGUCUGUGUGGUGGGGGAGGUUUGGGUGUAGAAUGCCCUGCAAAAUCUGAGCAGGGCGAUUACAUUUAUUUAGUUUUUUUGCACUAAGACACUAAGAUUUUGCUGAACAUGAAGUUAUGGUUUUCCUGAUCCUUUUUACCUUGUCAAGAGGGUGGUUGUUUGGGAAAUGCCUGAAAAAUGUUAGCAUUAUAAAAAAAAGGCAUUUCUUACAGUUGUGUUUAGCCACCUGUUGUUGUAUGGGUGUGCUUGUUUAUUCUACAGUGUGACUGAGUGACAAGCAGGCUUCAAGAAAAGAGAAAGUGUGCCUGCAGCUAAAACAGCCUUUACAAAAUGUAAAGCUGGUACACCAAAAAGGGCUGUUUUUGAAUAGAGUGUAAAUAGUUAAAACUCAAUUAUCGUAAACAGUCACCUAAGUUAAGUAAGUGGUGCACUGGGGUAAAAGCUUUUAGUACAUCUGGUAGUUUGCUGAAAGUGUUCAGUUUAUGAAGAGAAAAGGUGUGAAAUGACGAGCACUUGGUAUACAUAUUUGAACACAGACAAGCUUAUUCCUUGCACAUUCACAUAUGUAUUGUAUUAAAAGUUUAAAUUUGAAAAGUAUAUAUACAUUUACCAAUGAAAAAAAAAUCUAGAUUUUGAAAUAAGUGUGUAAAAUUUACUGUGGCCAUCGCAAGCUUUUAAAUGUCUUUUUAAAAAAUUUUUUUGCAAAGUUGUGGUUAGUUUUCUUUUUGCUUAAUUACAAAGCAUAGCCUAGUGAAAUAUUUAAAAUGCCCCUGAAAAAUAUAAAUAGAGAACCAAAUAAACUGUCAUCCUAUCACUCGGUUAAGGAACACUAUUUGAGCAAUAACAAGUGAACUUCUUUUUUGUGCUUGUAUAUGGUGCUGGUGGAUGGAGUGGGUCAUUUAACUGUCUUAAAAUGUGUAAUUAUUUGUUAAAUUAAUGUCAGUUAUAGGCUUAGAAGUUACAGAUCCCCAAGGCACUUUUGCUCAUUGAAGGAUCAUUCAAAAGGUACAGUAAAAAGGUAAUUGCGCCCAGGAUUCCUACUUUAGUUAGAAAUGUACAAUAUAUUUAUUGGAUAAGUUGUUAAAAAUAAUUGAUUAGUUUGUCAGAGAAAACACUAUUGGUUUGGGUGUUCAGAAUAAUUCUAUUUGACUAAAAGGUCUGGAGACACCAAGUACAGUCUUUUUAUUUAGAUGCUCUUGCUUGAACUUUUUUUCAUGAUGAAAAUAUACAUUAUGUAUACCAUUUACCAAAAACAAUACAGUUUCCUUGUGUUUCAUGGCCUCAAAGGGAAGUUUGGCUGCUUUACUAUUUUAGUUUGACAUCUAAAAGGAAGGCCCUUUUUUAUAACAUAUUUAAAAUAUUAAAGUCUUUACUCAAUUUAAAUACACUCCAAGUCUGUUUUAUUUCUAAAGAUAAGCAAUGCUAUACUCUAGGUAUUCUCCACUGUUGAAACUUCUACCAGCUGUGACAUCCCAUGCUUUCAGUCCAAAACGCACACUGGUCAUGUUGGGUAGUACGUACUGUACUGUAUAAUGGGAGAACAGGCCCAAACCUGAAUUGUUUUGGUUAACAACCAUGCUUUUGACAUCUGAAGCAAAGAUGCUUCACAUGAGCUCAAGAAAAACGUAAGUGUUCUAUGUUUUAUUCAGGUACCAUGCUAGACCUGAUAGCAACAGAAGUUAGGGGAUUCCGAAGCUUCAGCAGUCCUAGUGCAUAGAUUGUUAAGAGCUUGAAGUAUGUGUGGGUUAAGGACAGGUUCCUUGAAGUAUUCAGGGUCCAGGGCAGAUACAGCAAGUAAAUGAGGAAUUUAGUCAAUCCUGUAGCCGACAGGGAGCCAGCCCUAAAAUAUAACCCAAAGUAACUCAGCACAAAGAGCCAACCAAUGUAACCUUAGAGUUGUGCUGCAGGAAGUUGUUAUAUAACCAUGCUUUAUUUUCAAUACAGCAGCAUCUCCAGGUGUCAAAGACAAAUAUAACUGGUUGUUAACACAGAAAUUGAAUCCUACUCCAAACAACAGGGAUAUGACCAAGAGGCAGAUAUUGUAGUAAACAAUAGUUGCAAACUAAACAUUUCAUUAUGGCAAUAUAGCAUUGUGUUUUGGGUAAAAGGUUUAAAUGCAGCGAGUGUGGUGCCAGACAUACUGUACAUACUGAUGGUAAUCGGACACUAUCAAACACAUCACAAAGAUAAAGAAGCAUAAGAAUAGACAACCGAGAUAAUACAACUAAAAUGGAUGCUUAGUAUGGAACUGUUAAUAACCAGAAGAAACAGCCUUAGUGGCAAGUAUUAUUUCCAUACUGAAAAAAAAAACAAUUUCACAUAGUAUGCAGAUUCUAUGCCAAAGCACGGUGUAAUGGGACUUCAGGGUGGAGGAUAAGACCUUAAAAAGUUAAACAAUAUACAAACAAACAUAUUCCAAGAAUAGAUGAUUGACGUAUGGUAGCGCUAUUCAAAGGAAACUUCGGAACUUGGAUUUUAAAAGACAAGGGUUGGGUAAAUUCUCCCUUACACUACCCAAAAUGAUCAGGUGGAUCCACUGUGCAUUUAAGAGGGUUUAAACAGACAGCUAUUUGAAAUCUGCCAGCCUUGCAUUGCACAGAGCAGUAUAUGCUUUGGUAUGGUUAUCAUUUCUUUAUUAUCCAGAAGGGGAAAGUGAUUGAUUUCCAGUAUGUAGUUCAGGGCCCAAGAUCAGAUUUCAGCAUUUAUUUUUUCUCUUAGGAUGAAUAACAUGUUCCUUAUAUUGCUUUGAUAGAGGGACCCCUGAGGAUCAAAAUGAGGUAGGGUGGCAGGGCUAAGAUAUAACAUGAUUUGUAGGAGCAUGACAUGGCCAAUAUUUUCAGAAUUCCAGUAAUUUAAUAAAGGGGUUAGGGCUUAUUUUGUUUUAAAAAAAUGUGUUUAGCAAAUGGAUGCUGAAAAUGGUCCCUUUUCUAAUAAAAGUGGAAUCAAGGUCAAAACAAAUGUAUGUUUUAGUUAUUAGCUCCAUUAAUUAUUUUUUAGCCCUGUGAAUAAUAUGUAUUGUAUUAAACUACUGCUUCAGAGAAAUAUUGAUUCUAAAUGUGAAAUAUGGUUAAUAUAAUUACCAUGGCAUGUAACUCUCAAAAUACAGGUUCCGACCACUUUAUUAGAAACACCCCUCUGAACUUGAACUGCUCCAGUUUUAGAACAAAUAAGGAUGCAACAAGGGAGGCAGAUUUCACAUGGUUACUGUAGACAAAUUAUAUUAUGCUAUGAAGGUUUGACAAGAUGAUCUUUCAGAGAGGCUGAACAUUGACCUUGGCAAAUAGUAGUUUUUUGGCAUGUAAAAUGUUGCACUAUAUACAUGUACAGACAACACUACUUCCCCUAGUUUUCUAAGCCAAGUAGAAUCCCAGAGUCAUGGCUGGUGGAGAUUCAAAGGAGGUCUGCCUGUAAACCACGUUUUCAAGAAUAACCUACCGAUGUGCUUUGGUAGAACAGCAGGGUUUAAUAAAAUGUUUUACUGCCUUAUAAAUAUACAGCCACUGAUGUUAAGAAACAGGUUCUGUAAACAUAUAAAAAAAAAAACCUAAGGAUUAAUGCUCUGGAGUAGAGCCCUGCGCAGGACUAUUUUUUUAAUCCUGCCCCGCAAUACCCACUCCCACCCGCUCCUGCAUUGUUUCUUGCAUUUUUAUCCCGCACCCACCCACAAAAAACCUUAGAUCCCGCAGAUCCCGCAAGAAAGACAGAUUCCCCCAUGCUACAAAAAAAAAGGUCAGUUAAUAUAUAUAAAAACGGAAUUCAAACAUUCAGAACACAAAGAAAAAAACAAAUCUUGCCCCCCUAUACACUUGUUAUAUAUUGCACUGGGCCCGACCUCGCGUGAAUAUCUCAGGCACCAUAAUAGCCAGCUUCCUGAUGAUGCAGCGUAUGUCCGUAUCAGAUGUUCCAAAGUGGAACCAAAGCAAACCAAAACUUAUGCUCGAUUCAUGUGACAUGAGUCAGAUCCCUAGGUUUUGUUCCUUACCUAUUACUCGGACGCUUCAAAAGAUAGCAUUCCGCGUCUAACAUCAUUUAAAAGCACAUGCUUUGCAUUUUCCAUUGAUGUAAGAUGCCUGUAUGUGUAGUUCUUACAAGAAACAACCUUCCCUUAUAUCCAAGGGUUCAGUGCUGUAACGCGCAUCCAUUUCCCAGAAAACAGCAGCAAAUGUGACGUCACAUAACAACAAAAUCUUUGAGUGUGAUUCUUUGACCGGACUUGAGCCGGUGUACUACAACGGAUUCGGAGCAAGGGAAACAAACAUGUAUAGGAAAGAGAACCUCACACUAAAUAAUUAGCAAUUUCCUGAACAGGCUACGUUUGGUAAACUGACGAGACAUUUUGUUUACCCUCAAAUCUCGCCCAAUCCUGCCUGUAACAAAGUACAUUUUGCUCCCACUGUUAUGGCAGCAGGUCCUCCUGUGGGAUCCUGUGGGAUCCCAGUUCCGCUGCAGAGCUCUAAUCUAGAGCAGGACAAAGCAUCCCGAGGCCAGCCUAGUAGUGGAUGUGGGAUACGCUUGCAUAUCUUUAACAGAUAUUAAAGAUAUGAAAGAAUACAGGCUUCUGAAGAGAUGUAGUAAAGCAAUUAAAACUGUUUAGCAUGUACCUUCACUCCUUGAAGUUGCUUUCCUUUUUAGAAAGGUUUACUGCACUUGUGGCUCUUAUAUUUUAGUGUUUAACUGGUGUUUCAGUAAAUCUUUCAAUUUAAGUGACAUUUACCAGAAGCUUAAAACUGCAGAUGCCAACUGUACUCUUUAUACUGUUAAAUCAGGCCUGAGUUAAUUUCGCGAUACUGCCUGUUGAUGAAGGCUGUACUGUGUGUUAGUUGACUGAAGUUAUGUGUCCCAGUCCAAAGGCUGAGGGCACUAAUAAAAGUCAAGG